GAGAACGCCUGACGUCACCACUUCCACAACAACAAGAAGCUGAAAAACAAGGAAGUGAAUGAUUGUGAAGCCGUAACCUGUUAUAAGGCCGUGACAAGAUACGCAAAGCUCCGUCUAAUCAGAAAUUCCUCAGCCUCCGGAUCAAUCCAGAAAAAUGAACAACAAAGGUUCAUAUCAACAGCAGGCUGUGUACCCUCAGCACUCUGCACCUGUAUACCCCCCUGCUAUGCAAAUGUCUCCUCAGGCCCCUCCUUACACAGACACACCACCUGCAUAUUCUGAGAUAUACCAGCCCAGAUAUGUGCUUCCACAUCAGGUGCCCGGUCAGGUGGCACAGAUGUCCUCUCACUACCCUGGUGCUCAGAUGUUUAUGCCCAUGCAACAUAUGCCUGUUGGGCAAAUGGGCCAGAAUGUCCCCAUGGCUUACUAUCCCAUGGGAGCCAUGUACCCCCAUGGUUCAACAGUGAUGGUGGAUAGCAGCUAUGAUGCUGGUGCUCGCUUCACAGCAGGCAGCGGCGUUUCCAUUCCACCCCCACCUCCUGGACAUCCCCCCAAUGCAGCUCAGCUGGCUGCCAUGCAGGGUGCCAAUGUUGUAAUGGCACAGCGCAAGAAUAACUUCUUCCUGGGUGGAUCCAGUGGAGGUUAUACCAUCUGGUAACAGCAACUCUUCAACUCCUCCUUCAUGCCUAAACCGUGUCCCCGUCCCAAAUGAUGCCCCAGUUCUUCCCCCAUCCCCAUACGCCUCCCUCUUCAGGCUGCUUGGUCAUGCCACAAUACUGAUAUCACCUAACGGAAUGUAAUAUUGUAGAGCCCUUGUGAAAGGUACAGUACUCCACUUCUGACCUAGAGAUCAAAUGAUGAAUGCUACUGCCUGGAGAGGACAAAUGCAACUUUUUAAUGUCGCAGAAUUCAUUCCAUAAUUGUCCAUUGGGUCUAACCCUCUUUGGUCAUUCCAGAUUGGACCUCUUUCAGGCAUCUGUAGUCGUUCAAGAGACCUGGUCUCAUUUGAUCGAAUGGAUCGCAAAUUACCUUGAGAUGUUCUUGUAUACCUGUAAAAGCUACAUAAAUAAAACAUUGAACUAUCAGACCCGCAUUAUAUAGUUUAGCUGCUUUAUGGUGAAAGUGAAAUGCAGUUAAAGUUGCAGUAAAAGCGCAAAAAAAAUAAUCCAUUUGUCUUUUUUUGAAAACUUUUAGUGUAGUUAAAUUGGUAGAUGUGUAAUAGUUUCAUGUAAAUACCAGUAUGACCAUGAGAAAUUACAUCUCAACUAUACAAAAAAAAAAGAAAAAGAAGUGGCAUCUUGGAUGCUUUUAGCUAGAACUGUCUUGUCCUUUGCACAGUAUCCAAAAUAUUACAGCUAAUUUGUUGUACAGUCUUAACAGAUUGUUACAUUUAAAUCACUUGUAAAUUUAGACCAAUUAAACUGAGGCAAAUAAUUAAAGAAAAGAUUUCAUGCAAUAUCCAAAGUGGUUUACUGUACCUUGUUGGGCAAUUUGUAGAUGAACAUAGUCAAGUGCCAAAGAGCACUGGGGAUAGCCCAAAUUUAAAGCAAAUUAACUUCAGUAAACUUAAAGGAAAGAAAUUUAAGAAAAUCCAAAUAGUAAGUUGAAUGGGAAGCGUGGUUGGUGUAACAUUUUAGCAUUUAGCAGUCUCCUGUUUUUAUUUCACAGUCGGAUACCCAGAGUUUAUACACUAAUGUUUUAUUGUACAGACUACAAGAACUAUCCUCCGCUGUUUUUUCUCUGUCUUUUCACACCGUAUCGUUUGGUAUCAUUAAACCAAUUUCUAAAGUAUUUAUUCACCGUAGAAAAAUGUCACCUUUGUGAUAGCAUUAGUUUCUUGUCAACGUUUUUCAAAGGUUGAGGAGACUUUAAUAAAUAUUUCAGUGUUUCUUUUUUUCCUUCAUUACUUUUCCACAUUUACAUGACUAGUUAGGCUAAUACAUUUGUUAGUAUAACCAAUGAGCUGGUUGUACCAAAGAUUUGGUCUACAAUGCACUUCUGUUUGGUUGGGACUUGGAAUUUGAAAUGUCACAAUUU